AUGGAGGCAGCGAUAGAGGCGCAGCAGUCCCAAAUUGUGCUGUACGAACUGCAGCAGGCCCUUACAGACGAUCUUGAGGAACGCAGGCGGCGCGAGGCCAUUCAACGGAGAACCAAGAUAUUUGAGUGGCUCUGCAGUGUAGAUUUUGCAUCCAUUCAUGGUCGUGCCUCCAGCAUGCAUUCCGCUGGGACGGGAACAUGGAUUUUUGAAACUGAAGAGUGGGAGUCGUGGCUCGCGGGAAUACAUAAGCUUCUCUGGAUCCAUGGAAUUCCUGGCUCAGGGAAGACUGUGCUUACUAGCACGAUAUUGAAUACUCACUUGCUCCCCAAAGCUUCCACAAAACAUCCCGUCUGCUACUAUUACUGUGACUUCCGAUCACACGCUAGCUGCCGUCCAGAGGCUAUUAUUGGAGCUAUCAUAUCUCAACUUUCCUAUGCCUCAGAGCCAUGCUUGGAAGAAUUAGAAGAUACAUACUUGCGGCAUAUUGGACGACAUGGCAAUAUCAGUCCCGCAAGCUUACAAGAACUCAAUAGGCUGUUGGAUUACGUCCUAGAUUGUAUCCCUACCGCUACGAUCGUGGUAGAUGCCCUGGAUGAAUGUGACAAUCGUGAAGUCAUUGUUAAAAGGCUUAAAGAGAUUUCGCUGAACAAGGACUGGUUCCGGCUGGUUAAAUGUCAGCUCAAUGAGCUUGUUCGGUUAAGGACAGAUAGUGCCAUCAAAAAAGCUCUGCGGACUCUCCCCCGAGACCUGGACCAGAUGUAUGAGACAAUCCUUAGGAAGAUCACAGACUCGGACAUAUACCUGGCGAGAACGGCCUUACUAUGGCUCACGUAUGCCUCACGACCCCUUAAACUUAAGGAACUGGCAGAAGGUGCCAUCUUGAAUGUGGACAUGGCGGAUCUUGGACCGGAUGACAAGCUCGGCAACCCGGAAGACAUCCUUGACAUACUUGGUUCUCUGGUCUCGUACAUGGACGGCUGCGUGGAGCUCUCGCAUAAUUCUGUGCGAGACUAUCUACGCUCACCUGGAGUUGCCAGCGCCCUACCUGCAUUCUACCUCCCCGAGUCUCGCUGUGUUCCGGAGUUGGCUACUCUUUGUCUCAACUACCUCCUCUUACCAUCCUUCAGCGCAGGACCUUGUAAUACCGCCGACGACAUGUGCUCCCGACUUGAAUCCUUCCCACUUCUUUUCUAUAUAUCUCACAACUGGCCCAACCACGCCCGGCCCUAUCUGCACGAGAACCGACCACUAUUUAACCGUGUGACGAGAUUCUUUGCUAGCCCUACAACCCCCCAGUUUGUCUCUUGGGUCCAAGUCCUCCUCAUCCGCCCCAGGAACAUAAAGAAAACAUAUAAGCACUACCCACCAGCCCCAACUCCCUUGUAUUACGCCACCUCAUUCGGCCUCGUUCCAGUCGUCGAACAUCUCCUUGCCAAUGGAGCAGAUGUAAACGAACCCGGCGGCCGUGCAGGUGGCACCCCCUUACACGGUGCAUGUUGGAGAUCACAUCCUGAUUUGGUUCGGUUACUGCUUCGUUCUGGUGCUGAUUUUGAAGCGCUCAAUGAACACAAUAUGUCGGCUCUCGAGAUUCUUUCGUUGACAGGCGAUGAAACUGUGAGACGUGUGAUUCUGGAGGAGAAAGGUAUUGAUUUCACUUUGCAGUAUCGCAAUCCGAUAAAACCUAGAGUCAUCCAGUAG